AACAUGUUAUAGUUUAUCGGCGGGCAAAUGGCAGGAAGCGUCGCGGAUAUUUAAGAGUUAAUUUUGGUUACAAAAGAUUGCAUAUUUAUUUUCGCAUCAUGGCCAAUUAUCGUGUAAAGAGCUCCUAUGAGAACCUAAGUGGUCAAUAUUUAGUCAAAGCCUACGAUUACCAGAAACAGUUCUGCCAUCUUUACGCCCACCGCCUGGCCGAGAUGACACGGCUGCUUACUCCACUGGCCCAAAAGAAAUGGGGCACCAAGGAGCCGAUAAAGAAAUUGUGCGAACUGCACGCCGAGCAAGAUAUCCACUGCAUUCUGAUUGGUACAAUCUAUAAGCAUCAGGUCCAUAAACCAAGCAUUUUGCGUGACAUUUCCGAGGAAAAUCAAUUGGCACCGCAGCCUCCGCGCCAGAAUUAUUCGGAGCCUGAGGACAAGGUUAUCUUGGAGGAUGAGUUACAGCGUGUGCGUUUGCGGGGCGAGCACCUGACGGGCCAGCUGAUGGCCACUGGCAUAGUGUGUGCCAUCAUUGGCGUUCCAGAUAACGACGGUUUCUUUAAUGUUGAAGACGUCCUCUACUAUGAAAGUGGUCCACAAAAGCCGCUGCCCACUCGCCAAUCUAGUGGACGGCUUUUGGUGCUUGCUUCUGGUUUGGAUCAGCUUCAGUCCCACAAUUUCGCAGAUUCGUUAAAUCUGUUCCAGUAUUGGCUAAGUGGCAGUCUCGAUAACGCCAAGGAGGCGCAAUCUGCACAUCGACUGAUUAUAGCAGGAAACUCUGUGCGCAGCAGUGCAGUAGCUCAUGUACCCACUCUACAAGUGGCCCGCACCCAGGCGAAUGCCAAUGAGACAGUCCAGGCUGUUCAGCAGUUGGACUCUUGGUUCGCCGCUUGGGCUCGAGCUCUUUAUGUUGAUGUAAUGCCUGGAGCCUUUGAUCCAGCAAAUUUUAUGCUGCCGCAGCAACCGUUCCACAAGUGCAUGUUCCCACAGGCAUCGCAGUUAGCAUCUUUUCAAUCUGUGUCUAAUCCCUAUAGCUGUCGCCUGGACGAUGCUCUUAUUGUGGGUACGGCUGGCCAAAAUAUAGCCGACUUAAAGCGCAGUACUACGCUGGAAUCAUCACUGGACGCUCUACGAUGCACUCUUACCUGGGGUCACAUAGCUCCAACCGCCCCAGAUACCCUGGCUUGUUAUCCAUAUAUAGACAGUGAUCCCUUCAUUAUAACUGAAUGUCCGCACAUCUAUUUUGCCGGCAACUGUGAUAAUUUCGAAACGGAACUGCAUGUGGGUUCUAAUGGCAAACGAACUCGUCUUGUAUGUGUGCCCAGCUUCAGCUCGACCCAAAGCAUUGCUGUGGUGGAUCUGGACACUCUUGACUGCCGACAAAUUGAUUUCAGCCUACCAUCUGAAUAGAACAUACAAAAUAAAGGAAACUAAAUUUGA